CGUGUUGUCCCAGCCCCUGCUUUCCUACGCUGCGGGGACAGUGUGGUCUGAACUUGAUCGCAGGGUGAGACCGAGCGAGGAUUUUCAGACGACGGCCGUGUCUCGCAAGAUAGCCGGAGCGGACAAUUAGGACCGAUCGCUUACGCAAAAGGAGCCAUUUCAUUUGUACUCUAGCUGUGGUUACGGAGUUAAGUAACUCCUAAACCUUAUCCCUGGCGAAAAGAGUAACGUUAUGUCCAGACGUAAGCUCGGUAGCCGACCGCAACACCUGAGUGCAAUUCAAGAUGCUUCAGAGCCUAGUGACAUCACCAGCUCACCUUUGCAUGAUGAGGCAGUGGAGUUGGAGGUCGGGGGUCGUGACCUUCUUACCUGUGGACCAUGUGGCCAGGCCUUCCCCCUUGCUCACAUCCUGGCCUUCAUCCAGCACAAGCAGGGGGGCUGCGGAGUGGGCAGGACCGGACCCCAGGGCCACACCCCUCCAUCCCCAGCCAAUCGCACGCUGAGACGGAGCCCCCCGGCUGCCCCUCGGGCACGGCUGGAGGCGGGGUUUGUGGAGCUGAAGAGAGUGACCGACAGGGGCUGGGGGGAGGAGCCCGGCGUGAAAUUGGAGCCCCACCGAGCAGUUACAGAGGAGCCCUCCUGCUUCACCUGCCAGGUGUGUGAGGGUGUAUUUCCCAGUGCCUGGUCCCUCCUACAGCACGCCCAGCACACCCACGCCCUCAGCCUGUACCAGGAGGAGGGGACAGAGGAGCAGCAGCCAGCCCCCACUGGUACCCUGGACCCCCACCACCUGGGCCACACCCUGGCCUCCGCCUUCCACCCCGCCUCCCUCGGCCUGGCCCGGGCCCGAGAUCACCCCCACAGCAGCGGCUCGACCUCCUCGGGCCAGGACACGCGGACCUUCAACUUCUCCGUGCGCCUGCGUGAGCUGGCCGACGUCAGCGCCGGAGGGGUGGUGCCCUCCCCCUCCCCGUCCCCGCCGGCCGCCGCCCCCUUCCCCCACGCCCCGCCCCAGCAGGGGCUGUUCAGCUGCGAGCUGUGCGGCCAGUGCUUCCAGUCGCUGCGCAGCCUGUCCGCGCACCGGCGGACCCACGCAGGGGAGAGGCCCUACCGCUGCGGCCUGUGCGACCGCGCCUUCGCCCAGAGCGGCGAGCUGGCCCGCCACAUGAGGACGCACAGGCGGGGCGGGGCCUGGGUGGGGCAGGGGGAGGAGGGGGUGGAGGAGGCCGGGGAGCUCAUCCUGAAGGCCCGGCUGUCCCAGGAGACGCCGGUUGAGGGGUCGGUCAGCGAGCAGAGGGAGAGGGAGACCCCUGAACUCGACCUCUCCAAGCACGCGCCCGGGGCGGGGCUGAUCCUGCUGUCCAGUCAGGGCCUGGGCUCCGGCGGCGCGGCCGGGAGGAGGGGCCUCCUGGGCUUAUUCCAGCCGCAGGGCGGGACGGGGGAGGGCGAGGGGGAGGGGCCGGGCGAGCCGCAGCAGCCCUCCCCCUGCGGCAGCCCCUCGGAGGGCUCGCUGGACAGCGGCGAGACGGGGGCCAGCGGCGAGAGCGGCAUCGCCAGCGGGGACUGCACCCCGAAGCGGCAGGAGAGGGAGGAGCGGCCACGCGAGUGGGAGAGCGAGCGGGACGGGGAGCGCGAGUGGGAGGGCGUGCCGGAGUGGCGCCGCGAGGGCGAGCCGAAGCGGGGCGGGGCGGGCAGGAAGAAGAAGGAGGAGGCCUGCGAGUUCUGCGGCAAGCGCUUCCGCAACAGCAGCAACCUGACGGUGCACCGCCGCAGCCACACGGGCGAGCGGCCCUACCACUGCAACCUGUGCAGCUACGCCUGCGCCCAGAGCAGCAAGCUGACGCGUCACAUGAAAACGCACGGCGCCCGCGGCUCCCGGCCCGCCUUCUUCUGCCGCCUCUGCCGCGUGCCCUUCACCGUCUACGCCACGCUGGAGAAGCACCUGAAGAAGGCCCACGGGCUCAGCCACGCCGACGCUGGUGCCUUUGGCCACGCCGGUGCUGAUGGCAUCGGAGGCCCUGGGGCUGAGGGCGGCGUCAGCGUGGACCCUUGCACCGACGCUGGUGCCGCCACUGACGCCCAGCCCGACGCGGGCCUCAACGCCGAGGAGUCCGGAGAAGCUGGUGCCGAGUCCGACGCCCACGUCAGCCCGGAGGCGGGCGAGGAGAACGCGGCCUGUCUCGCUGCCGAUGUUUCCACGGAGCCCGGCCUGGCCUAGGCGUAAACCGCGGGGUCUCCCGUCCCAGACACGGUUCCGCCACUGGACCCGAGGGACGGAGCCCGGGCCGAGCUUCUCAAACCCAACACCAGCACCAGCGCACGAGCACCAGAACACACCCCUCUCUGCUGCCCCUGAGGUUAGCCAGACUGAAGCUCUCCUGUGUGCAAAGCACUUCAAUGUGGAGCGCAACAUGGCAACCGCUGCUGGUUAUUAUGUUAGCUUCAUCAGUGCAAUAAUAAAGCACAUCCAGUCAUCAGAGAAAGUCUCAGCACCAGUGUCAUAGUUAUCAGGGUACAGUCUUAUUUGCUGGAAGGCACUGUGGCUGAACACACAGAAACUGCAUGGGAAAUGUUCAGGAAGCCUCAUCUGCUCUUUGGCAGUCUGCAGGGAAAGACAGGGCUCAGGAUGUGAUGGGGUGUGGGUCGCCCCCGUCUCCCACACAAUGGACAGAGAGGUUACCCUUUGUGUCCUAUUUUUCAGUCAAAAAGGCAACCAGCUUCACAAACUCUUUUCUGACUGACAGAAGACUACUGCAGAGGUGGCGCAAAAGCAUCGCUUUAUUUUGUCCUUUUUUUGAGGGGGUGUCUUCUCUGGUUGAGGAGUUUCACUGGUCCCUCUGAGGGACCAGGUGCUUCACGUUGGAACUCCCAGAAAGCAGCCAGGAAAAUCAACGCAAACGGGGAAAAAUGGAAUCGGUUUGUGUUGCUUCCUCAUUCAGGGGCCUUUGGGCAAGGCCGCCAUACUGUGACAUUGCACUCCUUUAGUGAGAUUUAGGAGGAUAGCCCCUCCCACUGGGAUUUUAAAAGGCACACUCCCAAUAUAAUGUCCUGCCUGUGGUUUUGUUUUGUUUUUUUAUUUUGUUUUUUUGACGACUUCUCAAGUCAGGCCUACUGAUGUCUUCAUGGCCUUCUAUGCAUUGGAGAAAAACUGCUGUCACAUACUGUCCACUGAAAGAGAAAAACGGGUGUAUGAUUUUUGUACUUCAAUUAUAUAUACAUAUAAUGUGUAUAUGCGCUGAACUGCUUGAUCACAUAUGCAUGAUUUGCUUACAGGAAUGUAAUGUAAGGAUUAUUUGUACUUAUUAAUGAUGCUGCAUGACAGUUGCAAAGUAAAUGAAUCUGUCUGUAUGAGCAGCAAGGGGAGGGGGAGGGUGGUUAAAACAUGGCAAGCGGAAAGCUAUUGUAGUUACUUGUGAACUUGUUAGCCCCACUGGCUAAGCACUUGUCUGUUUGUCUGUCUAUCUGUUGCAGUGCACAUGCAGGGAACCUUUUUUUUUACUAUUGUAAAAAGCUGUGUAACUAUAACUUUUAUUUGUACACUGAUGUCAGGAACUCUUGUUUUUGGUCACAUUAAAAUGUGACAUUGGAAGCAGUUAGGAAAUGAAUAAAAAUGAGAUUAAUUGACUGAAUGUUAUGCUUUUUUCAGGGACCAGUGCAUUGUAGGUCUUAGAUUAAUAAAUGCAAAUAAAAGUAGUUGUUAUUGGUGGUAGUAGUGGUUAUGGUGGUGGUGUUAUGAUUGUGAAAUCAGUCUGCUGUAUCUCCUUAUUUUUGGUCCUUUUAUUUCCCAGAAUCCCUCUGUGUCGUGUCCUCAUUGUUUCUGCCUGAUGUGAAUCUGCAGGCUCCUGACUCCUGUAAACCCUGUACUGAAAAUGUUAAAGA